GCCGCCGCCCGCCCGGGACCGCGCGAUGGCCCAGCCUGGGCGCAGCCUCCGUCCCCGAGCCGGGCGCUCGCUGCGGCUCCUGCGGCUGCUGCUGGGGCUCGGGGCCGCCUUGCAGGUGACCGGGGCCGCGGAACCGCAGCUCCACGCCUGCAAAGAGUCCGAGUACCACUACGAGUACACCGCAUGUGACAGCACGGGCUCCAGGUGGAGAGUCGCCGUGCCGCACACCCCGGGCCUGUGCACCAGCCUCCCGGACCCCGUCAAGGGCACCGAGUGCUCCUUCUCCUGCAAAGCGGGGGAGUUUCUUGACAUGAAGGACCAGUCGUGUAAGCCGUGUGCUGAGGGCCGCUACUCCCUGGGCACGGGCAUCCGGUUCGACGAGUGGGAUGAGCUGCCCCACGGCUUCGCCAGCCUGUCCACCAACAUGGAGAUCGAUGACAACACGGCCGAGUCUUCUGAGAACUGCACCUCGUCCAAGUGGGUGCCUCUGGGCGACUAUAUCUCCUCCAACACCGACGAGUGCACGGCCACGCUCAUGUACGCCGUGGACCUGAAGCAGUCGGGCACCGUGAACUUCGAGUACUACUACCCAGACUCCAGCAUCAUCUUUGAGUUUUUUGUUCAGAACGACCAGUGCCAGCCCAACGCAGAUGACUCCAGGUGGAUGAAAACCACAGAGAAAGGAUGGGAGUUUCACAGUGUGGAGCUUAACCGAGGCAAUAACGUCCUCUAUUGGAGAACCACGGCCUUCUCAGUGUGGUCCAAAGUGUCCAAGCCCGUGCUGGUGAGGAACAUCGCCAUCACAGGGGUGGCCUACACUUCCGAGUGCUUCCCCUGCAAGCCAGGCACAUACGCAGACAAACAGGGCUCUUCCUCCUGCAAACUCUGCCCGGCCAACACUUACUCCAACAAAGGAGAAACGUCCUGCCACCAGUGUGACCCCGACAAGUACUCAGAAAAGGGAUCGUCAUCCUGCAAAGUGCGCCCUGCCUGCACAGACCAGGAUUACUUCUACACGCAUACAGCCUGUGACGCCAACGGAGAGACGCAGCUCAUGUACAAAUGGGCCCAGCCGAAAAUCUGCGGGGAGGACCUGGAGGGCGCGGUGACGCUGCCCGCCUCGGGCGUGAAGACCGUCUGCCCGCCCUGCAAUCCCGGCUUCUUCAAGACCCACAACAGCACAUGCAGCCCCUGCCCUUACGGCUCCUACUCCAACGGCUCUGACUGCAGCCACUGCCCGGCUGGGACGGAGCCUGCAGUGGGAUUUGAGUACAAGUGGUGGAACACGCUGCCGGCCAACAUGGAAACCACCGUGCUCAGCGGGAUCAACUUCGAGUACAAGGGCAUGACAGGCUGGGAGGUGGCUGGUGAUCACAUUUAUACGGCUGUUGGAGCCUCCGACAAUGACUUCAUGAUUCUCACUCUGGUCGUGCCAGGGUUUAGACCCCCAAAGUCGGUGAUGGCAGAUACAGAGAAUAAGGAGGUGGCCAGGAUCACGUUUGUCUUUGAGACCAUAUGCUCUGUGAACUGCGAGCUCUACUUCAUGGUGGGUAUGAACUCCAGGACCAACACUCCCGUGGAAACGUGGAAAGGGAACAAAGGCAAGCAGUCCUACACCUACAUCAUCGAGGAGAAUGCGACCAUGAGCUUCACCUGGGCCUUCCAGAGGACCACCUUUCAUGAGACAGGCAGAAAGUACACCAGCGACGUCGCCAAGAUCUACUCCAUCAACGUCACCAAUGUAAUGAACGGGGUGGCAUCUUACUGCCGUCCCUGUGCCCUGGAGGCCUCUGACUUGGGCUCCUCCUGCACCUCUUGUCCUGCUGGCUACUACAUCGACCGGGAGUCAGGCACCUGCCACUCGUGCCCCCCGAACACGAUCCUGAAGGCCCACCAACCCUAUGGCUCCCAGGCCUGCAUGCCGUGUGGCCCAGGCACCAAGAGCAACAAGAUCCACUCUCUGUGCUACAACGACUGCACCUUCUCCAUCAAAACUCCCUCCCGGACCUUCGACUACAACUUCCAGGCUCUGGAAAACACCAGCUCUCUGGCUGGUGGGCCCAGCUUCACUUCCAAAGGGCUGAAGUAUUUUCAUCACUUCACCAUCAGUCUCUGUGGGAACCAGGGUAAGAAAAUGGCUGUGUGUACUGACAAUGUCACUGACCUCCGGGUGCCCGAGGGCACGCCAGGUUUCUCCAAGUUCAUCAGCGCCUUCAUCUGCCAGGCUGUCAUCAUCCCCCCGCAGGUGACAGGCUACAAGGCCGCUGUGUCCUCACAGCCAGUCAGCCUCGCCGACCGCCUUCUGGGAGUGACGACAGAUAUGACUUUUGAUGGCAUCCUGUCCCCCGCCGAGCUCUUCCAUCCGGACUCCGUGGGGAUCCCAGACGUGAUCUUCUUCUAUAGAUCCAGCGACGUGACCCAAUCCUGCAGUUCUGGGAGGUCGGCCACCAUCCGGCUUCGAUGCAGCCCACUGAAACCAGCCCCUGGAAUUCUGUCGAUACCCAGUGCCUGCUCCGAUGGGACCUGUGACGGCUGCAGCUUCCACUUCCUGUGGGAAAGCGUGGCCGCCUGCCCGCUCUGCUCCGCGGCCGACUACCACGCCAUCGUCAGCAGCUGUGUGGCCGGUAUCCAGAAGACGACAUAUGUGUGGCGGGAACCAAAGCAAUGUGCUGGAGGCAUCUCACUGCCCGAGCAGAGAGUCACCAUCUGCAAAACCAUCGAUUUCUGGCUGAAAGUUGGCAUCUCUGCGGGCACCUGCACUGCCAUCCUGCUCACUGUCUUGACUUGUUACUUUUGGAAAAAGAACCAAAAACUAGAGUACAAGUACUCCAAGCUGGUGAUGAAUGCUACACUCAAGGACUGCGACCUGCCCGCAGCCGACAGCUGUGCCAUCAUGGAAGGCGAGGACGCGGAAGACGAGCUCAUCUUCACCAGCAAGAGAUCACUUUUCGGGAAGAUCAAGUCAUUCACCUCUAAGAGGACCCCUGACGGAUUUGACUCGGUGCCACUGAAGACAUCUUCGGGAGGCCCGGACAUGGACCUGUGAGAGGCACUGCCCUGCCUCGCUGCCUCCUCCCUGUGGCCGUCACCUUGCAAGCCUGUGGCACUCGGGGCGGUAGCUUCCUGCAACACCCAGUGCUGGGCAGCUCUUCACUGUGGCCUUAUCAGAAGAAGAUUGAAUUUCCGAUCUUUGUGGUUUUAUUUCAAUAUAUAUUUCUUUUUUUUUUUUUUUAUGGAAUACCAAACCUUCUUUCUGCUUGCCUCAGACCUGCCAAAUAUACCCAUACUUUGUAUGUAUAUGACUCC